GCCCCUCUGGGCCACCGAGAGGACUAAAUUUAGCUGGUAGACAAGGGGCUGGCCCCGCGCCCAGCGACAGUCGGGCCUUAUAAAGCGGCGGCAGUCGGGGCCCGGCACGCUCCCUCCGAGCCUCCUGCCCACGCGCCCUCCUGUCCACCCUGCCCACCGGCCAGGGCCCGGCCGCCCGCCCGUGGAUGAGCCACAGGACCUCCUCCACCUUCAGAGCGGAGAGAAGCUUCCAUUCUUCCUCCUCCUCCUCCUCGGCCUCCCACACCCUUCCCGCGCAGGAGCCGCCCAUGGAGAAGGCUUUGAGCAUGUUCUCCGAGGAUUUCGGCAGCUUCAUGCGGCCCCACUCGGAGCCCCUGGCCUUCCCAGCCCGUCCCGGGGGGCAGGGCAACAUCAAGACCCUGGGAGAUGCCUAUGAGUUUGCCGUGGAUGUGAGCGACUUCUCACCUGAAGACAUCAUCGUUACCACCUCCAACAACAACAUCGAGGUGCGAGCUGAGAAGCUGGCAGCUGACGGCACGGUCAUGAACACCUUUGCUCACAAGUGCCAACUGCCGGAGGACGUGGACCCCACAUCGGUGACCUCGGCCCUGAAAGAGGACGGCAGCCUCAUCAUCCGGGCUCGGCGCCAGCCACACACGGAGCACGUCCAGCAGAUCUUCCGGACCGAGAUAAAAAUCUGACGGCCUCCCCCUCCCUUCCCCCAACUCCCCCAUCUUCUCUCCCACUGGCCGGCCAGAGUGGCUCUCCUGACCCCCUCAUGACAGCUUCCAGGACAUCUCAGCCCAGGUUCAGGCCCUGACACCUCCACCCCAGACCCCAGGUGGGUCGUCCCCUCCAAAUGUGGCCUUCUGCUCUACCCAGGGCAGGCCAGGGACCCCCUCGCUUCACCCGUGGCCCCCAGAUUCCAGAUGUGGCCUCGUUCACUUAAUCCAGAAUAAAGGGAUUGGGAUGGGGAACAGGAGAUCCUGAAGAACCCAGUUUGGGGAAGGGGGAUUGGGACAGGCAGGAACUCUGGGCAAAUAAUCUGCAAGACAGACAGACAAAUUCUGAUCUAUGGAGUCUCUGCAGGG